AUUACACUUUUUAAUGUUGUGAAUGUAACCGAUGUGAAAUGGCUAGCUAGUUAGUGGUGCACAUGAGUAGUUUUCAAUCAGUGACGUCACCCAAUUGGUGAAGCCACCCACUCUGAGACCUUGAAGUAGUUGUUAACCUUUCUCCGCAAGGGCCCCGGCUUUUGUAGAGCAAUAGGUAACGAUACUUCAUGGGUGAUAGUUGUCGACGUGUUCAGAGGGUCCCUGGUUUCUAGCUGAGAUUGGGGCAAGGACAUGGACACUUUGGUGUUUUGACCCAGAUCACUCAGGUGGGCUCUGCCCAGCUGCGGGGUUGCUGUGGAAAAUGGGGGGUUCAAAGGGGAAUGAAAUGGCUAGCUAAUUACCAGUGCUAAUUACCAGUUACCUAAUUACCAAUUACCAGUGCGCGCUGGUGGAGCGAUAGGUGGGUUAUAUGUUUUGUGGGUUAUAGUAGUUUAUGUGAGGGUCUCUGUUUCGAAUCAAGAUUGGGCCAAACAGAGAGAUGGAAGCAACAUUGUUACAUGAACAUUACUUUGAUGCAAUAUGAUUUUAAUUUGUGAGUUUUACCAAAGAAGCAACUGCAGAUGUCAGAUUCAAAUAGGCCUACUCUGAUUUUGGAAGGCUAACCAUGCGAGACUAGGCAUCACUCAUAUGCAUGAUAUACAUCUACAUAAACAAAUCAUAGCAGUGCAGGAACAUAGUAUUAAGUAAACCAGAGAUAUUAGCUUCAGAAUGAGAUAAAUACAAUAGUAAUUAACUAGAGAUUUAUUUUUAAUCAUGGUUAUGGAUAGGAAUGGGACAUUUUGUUUCAAUUUCACUAGACAAAUGUGAUGGAUUCGUGGUCCUACGAUGUUAUCCUGUUUUCCUCAGGGACAUGCCCUCCUCUUUCCAGGGUAAAUGUGGUCAAAUCCUCUACUCAUUAGAGGCUAAGUUGACCAGGUCAAUUAGGUUUGACACCAAAGCCAAGACUGAUUUCCCCUUUGUUUCAAAGGCAGACCAGUCUAUGAUCCCAUAUCUAAUGAAACCUCAGCAUGGGACCAAGGAUAAGGAUGUUAUGUUCUUUGCAUCUGGAAAAAUCUCUGUGAGCAUUCACACUGAGAGGCAGGGAUACCAGCAAGGAGAGGCUCUGAAAGUCAGGGCAAUUAUUGUCAACAACUCAACUCGCCCAGUGACCCCAAAAAACUACCUGUACGAAAAGCAGUGUUUCUACGCCCAGAAGAAGAGGAAAGUCCACACCCACAAUAUCUUGAAAGAGAAGGGCGAUCGGGUCCCUGCUGGCACUCGGCAGACGGUGACCCAAGUUUUGACCAUCCCUCCACAACUCCCUUCCACCAUCUUCAACUGUCCUAUACUCAAAUUAGAGUACCGAUUGAAGGUAGCUACCUACAUAUGUGAUAGGAUGAAUCUGAACUGCAAAGCUCCAGACACCAAAUUAACAACUAUAUUUUAUGUUUCCAAUUAUUUAAACAAACCUUUUGUAACACUUGAUGCGUUUCUAUUCUUUCAGGUCGUUCUUGAUGUUAAACUGGCCAUAGACCCUGAGAUCAAGCUACCUAUCGUUGUUCUUACUGCAACUCAAACUCUUGGACAGGAACCGCCACCUUACUCCAGUUUUGGUUUUGAGUCACAAGUCCCAACUGUAUCUGAGCUACCACCCCCUACGAAAUGUUUGCUUCCUCAUCAAAUUUCUAUAGAAAAUUGUAGAGGCAUGGAGAUUCUCAAUUGGGCGCAAAAGUCUGUCCUCUACUCAACUCCUCCAUCCUCCUCUCUUCCAUGCCCCAGAGGCCGAUAAGGGGUCACCAUAUAUAGGAGAGGGUCAAUUAGUUAAUAAGGGAACAAAAGUGGUGGAAAUUAAAACCUGAAUGAGGUUGGAUGUGUAUGCAUGCUGGUUCAGGUCUAAUAUGGAUUGGGUGUAAUAGGAAGUGCUGCUGAAUAGUUACAAAACAAUCCCCCUCGAGCCCAGACUGGGGCAAGCAGAGAGAUAGAAGCAACAUUGUUACAUGAGCAUUACUUAGAUGCAAUAUGAAUUUAAUUUGUGAGUUUUACCAAAGAAGCAACUGCUGAUGUCAGAUUUAAACAGGUUUACUCUGAUUUUGGAAGGCUAACCAUGCAUUUGUACCAGCAUGUCUCUUGCAACUAAGGCGAAAAAAACUCUAGAUCACCUCUACUCUACACACAGAGACGCAUACAAAAUUCUCUCUCGCUCUCCGUUUGGCAAAUCUGACCAUAACUCCAUACUCUUAAUUCCAGUUUACAAGCAAAAACAGGAUUUACCAGUGAUGUGCUCAAUACGGAAGUGGUUUGAUUCCUAUGAAGUGGACGCUAAGCUACGGGACUGUUGUU